AUGCGAAUCAGUUUAAACGAUAUUUUUAUGUACGCCAAGUGUACUAGCAGUUCAAGAAAUUUGAUAGAAGGUGAACAAGUCAUCAAUUCCAACCAUAUUGUGUUGUGUGGUAAAAUUCAAAUUGAAAAUAACGCUAACACUACAACUAUAAAAAGUUUAGUUAUUCAAUCUUCAAAUUUAUCUGAAAAGCCUCACGAGAUAACUGGUCAACUGUUAAUGAAAGGAAAUUUGAUUGAAAUUAUUGAUUUUGUAUGUACAUGUAAGGCUGGUGCUUCUGAAUGCUGCAAACAUGUAGUUGCAGUACUUUUACAUCUUAACAGAAACCAUAUUGAAGAUAUUCAAACUUUAUCUUCGACAGAUGUUA